UGUUAGCUCUUUUCCGUGAGAAAGCAUGGCUCCGCUAAAGGUGCAUGGACCUGUCCGGAUGCGCAGCAUGCAGACUGGGAUUACAAAAUGGAAAGAAGGGAGCUUUGAAAUUGUGGAGAAGGACAACAAAGUGAGUCUAGUGGUUCACUACAAUGUUGGAGGAAUUCCAAAGACGUUUCAGCUAAGCCAUAACAUUAAAACUGUGACCUUACGACCAAAUGGUAGAAAACUGUGCUGCCUGAUGCUAACACUAAAGGAUACCAGCUUCCUGACAAUUGAUAAGGUACCAUUUAAAGACGCAAAUGAAAUGCGGAUGUAUUUGGAUGCAGUCCACCAAGACAGGGUUCAUACUGCUGGGAAACCCUCUCAGGGAUCUGGCAGCUUUGGAGGUGUGCUGGGCAGCAGGACCACACAGAAGGAAGCUAAUAGGCAAUUCUCUUAUAUAGAGAACCAGACUCCUCCCAAAAGAGUGACCGUGGAAAGUAAGGAGGAAAAUCCGUUUCGCAAGGUGCUGGGUACCCCAGCAAGAUCAUCUGUUAAGAAUUCCGCUGGAACUGGAACACCUAGCAACAGGGUGAACAUUUCAGCAUCUCCUGCGUCCUCAGUCCCUCACAGAACGGGCUUGUUGGAGAAUCGUGAAAAGAGGAAAAGAACACAACCUCCUGGUUCAGAAAUGAGUGAAGAUUAUCCCAAAGAGAAUGAUUCUUCAACGAAUAAUAAAGCCUUGAGUGAUCCAGCAUGGAAGUACUUGAACAGUAGCAGAGAGAAACAGUUGAAUCUGAAGCAGGCAGAGGAAAAUAGGACAUCAGGUAUUUUACCACUGCAGUCAUCAUCCUUUUAUGGUAGUCGGCCCUCAUCAAAAGAGUACUCCACUGGCAGUUCCACCCUGGACAGGUCUAGUGUAUCCAGCCAGACCCCUUCAGCCAAAAGAAGCCUGGGAUUUCUUUCUCAGCCUGCCCCUCUUUCUGUUAAAAAAAUGAGAUCUAAUCAAGAUUACACAGGGUGGAACAAACCCCGAGUGCCCCUUUCCACCCAUCCUCAACAACAAUUACAAGGAUUUUCAAACUUGGGAAACACCUGCUAUAUGAAUGCCAUUCUACAGUCCUUGUUUUCAAUUCAGUCUUUUGCUAAUGAUUUGCUCAAGCAGGGUAUCCCAUGGAAAAAAAUACCACUCAAUGCACUUAUCAGACGUUUUGCCCAUCUGCUUGCUAAAAAGGAUGUCUGCAGCUCUGAGGUUAAGAAAGAGCUGCUCAAGAAGGUGAAAAGUGCCAUUUCAGCUACUGCAGAGAGGUUUUCUGGGUACAUGCAGAACGAUGCACAUGAGUUCUUGAGCCAGUGUCUGGAUCAGCUGAAGGAAGACAUGGAAAAGUUAAACAAAACUUGGAAGAGUGAGCCAGUCCCUAAUGAGGAUAACUCACCUGGACGGGCUUCUGAUGACCUCUCAGCCACCAAAGUUUAUACGUGUCCAGUUAUCAGUAACUUAGAGUUUGAGGUUCAGCAUUCUAUCAUUUGCAAAACGUGUGGUGAAACAGUCACUAAACGAGAACAGUUUAAUGACCUCUCCAUUGACCUUCCUCGAAGAAAGAAAUUGCUUCCUUCCCGAUCGAUCCAGGAUUCCCUUGACCUCUUUUUUCGGGCAGAGGAGAUUGAGUAUUCCUGUGAGAAGUGCAAUGGAAAGUCUGCUGUUGUCACACACAAGUUCAACAGGCUUCCCAGGGUCCUGAUUCUUCAUCUGAAACGAUACAGCUUCAAUGUAGCAUUGUCUCUCAAUCAUAAAGUCGGGCAGCAGGUGGUUAUUCCUAGAUACUUAACCCUGCUUUCACACUGUACGGAAAGCACUAGGCUGCCGCUGACGCUGGGAUGGAGCGUCCAUUCUGCAAUUUCCCGUCCAUUGAAAGCCUCCCAAAUGGUGAAUUCCUGUACUAUAAGCACUUCCACACCUUGUAGAAAAUACACUUUCAAGUCAAAGAGCUCUGCGGCACUCUAUGUAGAUUCUGACAGUGAUGAUGAGCCGUUGAAACGCUCUGUUGCCCAUAGCCAAAGGUUGUGUAACAUACAGAGUAGAGAUCAGCAGCAGCUGCAAGAAGAGCCAGAAAAGGGUUCAAAAAGAAGUAAAAUGGAGGGUGAUAAGCCUGAGCUGGGUAGUGCUGGUUUUGAUGGGAUGAGUGAAGAUGAGCUGCUAGCAGCUGUCUUAGAGAUUAGCAAAAGGGAAGCUUCUCUGUCUCUGAGCCAUGAUGAAGAUAAGCCCACAAGCAGCCCAGACACUGGUUUUGGAGACGAUGAAAUUCAGGAAUUGCCGGAAAACCUGGAAUCUAUGGAGAUGGAGAAACCCAAAGCAGCAUUAGACUCAGGUCCUGCCAAUUUCACCGAGAUAACUAAAGAUUUUGAUGAGAAUAAGGAAAACAAAACUCCGGAAGGCUCCCAGGGGGAGGUUGACUGGCUGCAGCAGUACGAUAUGGAGAGAGAGAGGGAAGAACAAGAACUUCAGCAGGCGCUGGCUCAAAGCCUUCAAGAGCAAGAGGCACGAGAACAAAAAGAGGAUGAUGACCUUAAACGAGCCACGGAAUUAAGUCUACAAGAGUUUAACAGCUCUCUCCUGGACAGCGUUGGUUCUGAUGAAGACUCUGGGAAUGAGGACGUUCUUGACAUGGAGUAUUCAGAAGCUGAAGCAGAAGAGCUGAAAAGAAAUGCUGAGACAGGAGAGCUUCCUCACUCCUAUCGCCUCAUCAGCAUUGUCAGCCAUAUCGGAAGCACAUCAUCAUCAGGUCAUUAUAUCAGUGAUGUCUACGAUAUCAAGAAGCAGUCCUGGUUCACCUACAAUGACCUGGAAGUGUCUAGAACUCUAGAGGCCACCGUUCAGUGUGACAGAGACCGAAGCGGCUACAUCUUCUUCUACAUGCACAAGGAUAUCUUCGAUGAGUUACUAGAAACAGAAAAAAAUGCACAGCCACUUAGCAUGGAAGUAGGAAGAUCGGUUCGUCAGCCUCUGUGAAGAGUAAAACACCUUGUUCCUCCUGAGGAACAAGGAAGAUUCUGAACUUGUGCCAGACACACAGGAGUAACAAACAGCUCAGGGCCAAAACAAGAGACAAAAGGUAGAAAUAUGGGACGCCCGGUUUGUUGAACCAUCUGUGCGAGUCCUGGGCCUGAACCACGCGUUUAAACCUUGAACAUCCCAGAGCGACCCUCCUGUGGUGAAGUUUUUAUUGUUCCUCAAAUAAUUUUGUCAGCAUGGAGCCUUAAAGAGUUGCAUCAAGCCACAAGACUACAGCUGCUCAUAAACUGAAUUAAAAAAAAAAUAGUGCAAAAAGAGACUCGACUUUAAAAGCCCAUUCACCCGUGAGACGUGAGUGGCAAAGAUUUACAUAUCACUUGGCUUUUUUUUUUUUCUCCAAGAGCAAUUUAAGCAAUAGAUUCUGUAACCUGGCGUGUGUUGUGUUAGUAAUAUUCACUGGAAACCCAGAUCACUGAGUACGCUCUUGCCGGUCAUCUCGCUAGCAGGCAUUUUGGAAUCACUCAAGCUGAUGCGUUUUGACAUUCAUGGGUUUGUAAGAGCUCCGCUAUUUACAUGCGGUUCCAGGAAACAAACUGUCGGUGCUGUGGAAUGUAUUGCAUACCUGGUGGCAGCUCUGUUGUUUUUUUACACCAUUCACUGUCAUCCUCCUUUAGACGUGAGAUUAUAUUUGUGAUUUCUUUUGUUUUACAAGUUCAAUUAUUUGAUUGCAUUUCUUCAUAAGGUUGUUGCAUAAGGACCGUUUGAGAGGAGAGGUCUCUCUUUGGGCGUGCAGUAUUUCCACUGAAGUUAUAUUGCUUAGGGCUGCUUCGAUGUAACUGGGGGCAGGCGAACGCCUGGAGCAGACUGAGGGCAGUAGCAGGAGGUGAGCAGCAGCCACUUGUCAUCUUCUGGGAGGGAAGGAGCGUUCUCAGCGUUACCUUUUCUGCACAGGCCUGGGUCAUCGGGAACGGUGGGGAAAGGCAGGGUCUGCAGGGUGGCGCUUGGCACUUGAAUUGCUCUUUGAUUGAGCCAUGGUCUUGCCUUGGUCUUCUCGUAUCCCAGGGUAAGAGGGUUUUUACUGCAGCUAUGCCUCUGUUCUCCUUUCUGAGGAGUGCAGAGCGCUCAAACUGUGAAACUAAACCAGGUGGAAAGCUUUCAGAAAGCCCAUGUUCAGCAUUAACAGAACACGGUUAGGAGGAAGCGUUGCGUUUUAUUGGAUUUAGAGACGUGAUGCUUCUCUUAUAGCUUGUUUCAGCAGGGGGGGGAAAGCCUAGUGACUUCGGUUUUUUCAGCACCUUCACACUUACUUAGCAGGGGCAGAUGUUUCCUUUCGCUGGCAUUUACUCAUUUCAGAGAAAUUGUUGCUGUUAAGCAGAGUAGUUGCUCUUGUUUUGGCCUCUAGUUCUUAUUUUUGCAGCUUGAGUUUUAGAGGUGAAAUACUUCUUUUUAAAAAAAAAACAAAACAAAACAAAAAAACCACCUUUUUUGCUGUCGAGAUAGUUUCUGGGUUUUUUAAACUGUCGUUAGGAGUUUCUCAGGAAUAAAUCAGCUGAAGCAAAGCAGACAAAACCAUCGAUUUAGGAGACAGCAGGCACCUCUUUCAUGGGCAGUUCCACACUAGAGUUUAUCCUAGCGGGCUGGCACGGGGAUGCUACCUCAGUGGCCGCUUCUCACCUCUGUGCGCAGCGGUGAGCGGCAGCCGCCGCUACCCCCCCCCAAGCCGGGGGACCCCGGCGUGGUGAAAAGACCCACUGACCUUGCAGCCCACGUGUGGGAUGAGCCUGGUGGACCUGGUCAGGGUGACAUCCUUCUGGUUUCCGAGCUAGGAGCGAACAUUUGGUUGUGAACACGACGGAGCGUUUACCUUGUAAGAUGCAGCCGGUGUGGGUGUAUAUGUUAAUUUAUUACAAAGCGUUAUACUUUUCUAUUGUCGAUACUAAUUUUUGGUAGAAUUCUGGGCGAUGGGAAGAGGCAGUGACGUGGGAGUUGUCCUUUGAACUGAUCGCCCCUGCGAAUGUGAUGAAGGGACUGCUCCAUCCAGAGGGCAAAUCUGUUUUCCCCAAGCGCAUCCUAUGCUAGUGCUGUAAAUAACCGGUAUUCCUAUAGUGUCAGAAGUCAGCUCUGCUUUUUUUGGUGGCAAGGUUGUUUUUGCAAGGCGUUGCACUCCAGUUAAUUUAUAAUAAAAGCAAACGUUGCCUGACUUUUCAGUGCAGUAACUUUUGUAUAAAACCGGUUUUUGUUUGGAUCAAGGUGCGAAAGCUGAUGCUUGAAACCAGCGUUCCUUGUUUUAUGAAAAGUUCUUGCUAUUAUUCUAGCCAUUAAGAAUUUGCAGACAUCUAUUAAUUAAUUUAAGCUUUUUUGUUUGGCAUACGGCAGCUCGGCUGCACCUUCACCCUGGCAGGAGUGUCUGUGGAGCCCCUUCCUUGCAGCAGCCAGCUUUCUCCCUGUCCAAGAGCAGCGGGGAGGAAGACGGGUGUGUAAUCCUCAAGGGGUGUGCUGCCCACCGGCUGUAACGUUCCCACUGCUCAUGCUGUCGCAGGAGCAAGUUCGGUAAGGUCGUCCCUUCCAGGUGGGAUACCCAUCCUGGGGUAUACGUAGCUGGAGAAGUUCAGCUGCGGUCCCUGAACGUGUGCAGGCUCUCCCUCAGAUGUACAGAGUCACGGUUAAACAUUUACCUGCUCCUGAAUCAGCCUAGUUUAGUCCAAGUGUGAUUCAGCACAUAAACGCAAGGCUGUUCUCAGGCUGCCGUUCCUCUCGCCCCUUCGUUGUUUGACUGUGGUAAUUUGGUCUUGAUUUACUCCCCUACUCUGAGAGGUGCAAAACCGUUUGUGUCAGUGAACUGGAGCCUGUGUGCGUGGGUCCCUGGGGAGGCCUGGCCAGCGGGGCUGCACAAAGAGCCUUUGCAAAGCAAGGACUGGCUUCCCGACCGGAGUGGCAGCCUGAGACCGAUGCGAGGAGCUCAGCAGGAGGAGGAGCGGGGCUCUCCGACGCCUGUGGCCAUGGCAUCGCCUUCCACCUCCUGCUCAUUGCAGCAUAGAUAACCAUUGCCCGUGCAUCUUCCUUCCCAUCCCGCAUCCCGAGGAAGGGCUGAUGAUGGCCAGCCCAGCGCUUCCUGCUGUGGUUCACCCUGGCACGGGGCACGUGGGGAUCACCGUGCUUCGGGGAGGGGGGGGGCUGGGAAUAACUCAUCUGCUUUGUUUUCUUUUUAAUGGAGCUAAUUAUCCCUGUAAUUGCCCGCCAAAGAGAGAAAAAGGGGUGCGGGAGCCCUGGCAGCUGCUGUCCGUGUAGCUCUGCUGCCGGACUCCAGCCUUGCCUGCUGCGGGGUGGCCGCUGCCGGUUUCUGCCUGCACCCUGACUUUCUGGUUCUUUACACUGUUGAUGUGGAGCAGCACUUUUCUCUGUGUUUUAGCAGACCUGUUCCUCUCUGUUCUUUACAGUUUUUGCUCUUGGGUUCCCCCUGCCCCUUUUUAAAUGAUGUGUAGAUAGAUUUUUGUGAAAUUAAAACCUCUUUAUUAACCC